UUGUGUUUUUUAAAAAAUUUGUAUAUGUACAGUUUCUUUUUUUAUUUGCAGCUGGCUUCAGUUUCUUCUUUUUUUGCAUCGGUAACUUCCGUUGUGGCUUCUUUUUUUGUGCAUUCUUUUUUUAUUUGCAGCAGUGGCAGUUCUCGGCCACCGUACAAGAUCUAUUUAAUAAAAUAAAUUUACAAGUACAAUGACAAAAAAAGUAGAUUUUUAACAUAAAUUAAAAGGUUCCACGAAAAACGCCUAAAUAUCUAAAACAAAAAAUGUUGUUAUCAGGAUAAGCUCAUUGCUGCAGUCAGCCAAUAAAAGUAGAAAUUAAAAGUGGUCAAAAGGUAUUGCCAUACCAUUAUAUAUUUAAAAAGUGUGCCACCAGGGGGGAGAAGUGAGUCUGUGUUGUGCAUUUCCUCUUCAUUAUUAUGAAACUCAUCUUAGGACACUUUUAAGACAUGCAUGCCACUCUGGAGAGUAAAAGGAAGUUGUUUUGUCAGUGUUUUGAGAGAAGUCGAGAAGUGCUGUUCCAGCCUAGUGAUUUCAUUUCGACCCCUUGCAGCCUCGCACACUCAAUCACUUUUAAGGUGACAUCAAUUAAGUCAGUAAGGGCUCAGGAUCGAGGGUGUGGGGAGGAGAUCAACCUGAGACUGGGCCACGCUGUUUGAUGUGUGCGUGGCAGUGAUGUCACAGAGGAGGACUCUGCUGCAAUCACACGAGGAGUAGUUGUGUCCUCACAGAUGCACGCAUGCCUUCACACUAGAGCACGUUAGCUCAGUAUAACCAUCGUGGGACCUCUUCAUUUGCCUCCAGCAGCUCUUUCCAACUUAGUCGCCUGGUGUCACGGUGGAAGCGGUGAAUGCAUCUGAAUCUCCAGGGACACUCCGCUGAGCUCCUAACAGGUGUUUUGGGGCACGCUGCCCACGGGAGGAGGAGAUCAUGUCCAAUGGGAAAAACGCAAAUGCUGAGCAAAAGUAAGUACAGACGAAUUUACGCACUCAAGACUGACUUUUACCUCCUAUAAUCUUUGAUGUGUUGGACAACCUGUUUUAAAACUUAAUACUUAGGUAUUGCACAAGAAACGUAAUAUCCAAUUCUCUCGUUGCUCACAAAAUGGCACACAUCCAUGGUAAUAAAGCUCUUAAAAUAAAACUUGGACAAACACAUGUUGUAGUAUUUUGCUUUUAUUGUGAAAGUGAUGCACAAAGUUACUCAUUGCUGCUUGAACUAAAGUUCUUAUUCUUAUUCUUAUUUUUAUUCCCUUUUACCUGGACAAAACAAGGAUCACGCCAGCUUAUCAGUACACACAGUGUUGCUGCUUACUUUGCAUUCCCUUUAUCCCAGCACACACAGUUUGGUGCAUUUGUGUUUGCUGUCUGCAUGUUUCCACCCAUGUUUGUGUGUUUUUUAUGUGGCAGCUCCUCACAGAUGACCCUGAAAGAGUGUCUGGAUGAGUGUAUGGAGGCUUUGGAUCUCUUCCUCAACAACCACUUCAGUGAGAGCCUGGAGAAGCUUCGGCCAAGGUUGUACAAAAAUCCUCCGGCACAGGGGUCUUUAAGUGGGUCUUCUUGUAUGAGGGCAGCAGUUUUAGUCUACUUAAACAUUAGUUUCAGCACAUUCAUAGUGGUUUUAGUACGUUGUCAGCAGUUUUUGCUGCGGGUAGCGAGAAGACACGUCUGUGGUGUGAACUGGGAAGUAGUGCUCUGCUGUCACAGACAUUCAGGUGGCACUGAUAGGCUUCAGUUCUCCAGGAUAUGAGGUGUUUGCCGAAGCUGACGCCCAAGGUCUGACUGAUUCAACAGCCGACAGAAAUGGAGCCCUGCAAAACAAACACCAUGCACAAGACAUGCAGGGAUGGUAGAUAAGAUGGGGAGAAUAAAGAGAGCUAGAUAUUUACUCUUUACGUCUUCUCAACGGGGACAUGUUUAGUUCAUACGGUAGCUCUGCUCUUAACAUGAGCUGUGUUUGCUCAUGUUAUGAUGUGUACAAUGCUGAUCUGGACUCCUUGUUCUCCAGAGCGAAUGAGAGUAUGUACCAUGCUCUCAUCUACGCCACAAUCCUGGAAAUGCAGGCCAUGAUGACUUUCCAGCACGAUGACAUCAGCAAUGCAGGAAAUACCAUGAAGUGUGCCCAGGAAGUCUGCCAGAGGUCAGACAAAACACCUCUUUUUAUUUUUUAAGGUGCUGCUAACUUCGUCUUCAGCAGUCUGUGAACCGUAAUAGGCAAAUCAAACUAAAUGCAUUUACAUGACCUGUUUCGGACAAAGUGACUCAUUUGAAUGUCUUUGCAUGAGAGGCUAUCAAAGCAGCCAUGUCAUUACUCUGUUUGCUGUCAUGCCAAAUAUGAUCAGCAACCCAAUGUCAUGUUAGUGACGAGUUUUGUUUUUUUUAUGUCAAGGUUUCGAAGGAAAUCGCCAGGCUUGGUAAACAAAGCAGGAGGGGAACUACUUACUGAAGGUAAAAGGCUUGGUUGUCUCAAUCCUUUUUGAACCCACCUGAAACAGUAACGGUACUAUGAAUGUGGUUUAUAAUUCCUGCUUUUUUUCUGUUUUUACUGUUUUUACAUUUGCUCUUGGAUAAAAGACCCCAAGCACAAAAAAAGUUGAUAUGCUGUGUAAAAUAUUAUUCAAAACAGAAUAGGAUGCUUUGCAAAUAAUUAACCCUCUACAUUUAGUAUAAAAUAGAGCAAAAAAACAUAAACUGCAAGCCUUUAUUUAAAAAAGACGUGGCUUGGAUGGCAGAAUAUGUUGCUCCAAAACCUGUAUGGACCUUUCAGCAUUAAUGGAGCCUUCACAGAUGCGACAGAUACCCAUGACCAUGAGCACUGACACACCCACCGUCACAGACACUGGCUUUGAACUUUGACCUGUCAACAGUCUGGAUGGUCCUUUUCCUCUUUAGCUCAGAGGACACCACGUCUAUGAUUUCUAUCUGAAAUGUGGACUUGUCAGACCACAGCACACUUCCAACUUUGAGUCGGUCCAUCUCAGAUGAGCUCGGGCCCAGAGAAGCCGAAGGUGUUUCUAGCUGUUGUUGAUAUCUGGUUUUGGCUUUGCAUGGUAGAGUUUGAACUUGCUCUUGUAGACGUAACACUCGGUAAAUGUUUGGAGACCUAAAGGAUGAGUUUCUGGAGUUUGAAAUGUGAAUUGUUGUCCAAUUCUCACUUGAUAUAGAAUUGUAGUUGUCCAAUUCCCAUCAAUGUUUUCUGUGAGUUAUUAGCUGGAACUGCAGGCAGGACAUAGUUUCCUCGUUUCUUUUAUCCCAGACAUGUAUUCUUUUCACGUACCUCGACAUGUUUCGGUGGAAACUUUUGCUUUACUCGGAAGUGUUACUUGGCAAAACAAUGCCAAACGACAUUCUUCGCAUAUCCUAUCAGCAGGGCUUUGGGUGCUAAACUGUCCUGCCUGCAUAGUUGUAUGUUGUUCAUUAUGUCUUCAGUUUCUUAGACGUAGUUCUUUUUUCUUUUAUCUCAGACAUGUAUUCUUUUUAUGUACCUUGACAUGUUUCAGUGGAAACUUCCACCUUCCUCAGAAGUGUCACUUGGUGGUAGGUGUGACGCGUCAUAUCAGCUGGUGUUAUAGAGGCGUGACCCCCCUGUCAAAUUUUAUGAGAGGGCAGUCACACCUCUCGCUGUCUGUUUGCCUCUGCUGGACGCUGCUCCAAGUGUCCAUAGGUGUUGUUGACGUCCACAUUUCAACUAGACUUUAGGUUUUCUACAUACUCUUGGUAUAAAUGGAUAUUUGAGAAAACAUUGUUUUCAGCUGUAUGCAAUCAUCUGUUCGCUCAUAAGUUUACAGUGACAGUGCCCACUCAUGGAUAUUAAGCCAAUAUUAACUUAACCAAAGUCAAUAUUGUAGUUUAGUUUGUUUGGAUGCUUAGACUUGACGAAUAGCACAUGACUCAGAGAAGGGCUGAGGCUGAAGAGAACCUCAUUUGUAAUGUUUAUAAAACGUCAAAUGAAUGUUAAAGGAAGUCUUUAAUGGAUGAAGGGAUCAGAUGAAAAGUCAGGGGAUAAUCUAAUAUUCAUAAUACGCUAAAUCUCUAAAAUAGACACAAGUUAUGUGGCAGAUGAUCUGUUGUAGAGAGAUGUCAUAUUUGUAUACUGACCCAUUGAGCAAUAGACGCUAUUAGACGUCUAGUUUUUUUCUUUUUAGACCUAAUAUCAACCGUCUAGAUUCUGUAUAUUUUUAGAUGUCACAUUUUGACCCAUUACUCAACAACUAUUUAUUUCAAAAAGCAACUGUGAGUUGCAUAACUAAUCUCCAAGUACUUAACCAAAAUAAUUAUGAUAGCCGUUGAGCAAUUUACAGUGUAGUGUAGAUAAAGCCCAGAUUUAGACUUUCAUUUUUGGACCUGUGAUAGCCUGAUUUAAGACCAGUCAUCUAGGCUACACUUAGACGUCUACUAGACCUCUUUCAGACCAAAAAAUGCUUGGUGGGGAUAUUCUGUACAAUAUAGACAUCAGUUGAGCAGUGGAGCUACUGUCGCUCAAAACUGUCAACAUUUAAGUGAUGAAAAAACUAAAAAGGAAAAAUUGCUUGGUCACAUAGCCCUAUGUGACACUGAGAUUCUUGGCAAACUCAUGCAGAGGUUUUAAUUUCCUAUAAUUUAUAAAAUCAUAUCUUUUCCCUUUCCAGUGAAAUUUAACAAAGUCAGAAAAAGACAAAAUUAGAAGAUUUUGACUAGUCUGGAAGCUCUUUGAAGAUAGUUGAACCAUUUAUUGAGAUGCUUGUUUACACUUUAUUUCUGAUUAUGAACUUUGUAUGUUGAGUGAUUCAUAAAGAGAAGUUCCUUUGUAAUCCCAAUGGGCAAUUUCAGGUGCUUAUAGUGUGUUUUAACCACUAACUGGCUCAGAUUGUUAUUAAAAACAUAAUGAGAGGAUUUUCUUUGAAAUGAGUUUAAGAUACAGGAAUUCCCCUUUACUGUGUCUGUAUAUGUGUGUCUGUGUGUGUUUUUCCAGAGCAGCUUCAUGCAGAAGUGUGUUAUGCAGAGUGCCAACUUCAGAGAGCGGCUCUCACCUUUUUACAGGUGCACUUAGCUAAUGUGUUUUUUAAUUCUCAAAACAACUGCAUAUUUUUUUUUCUUCUUUGAAGACUUAAAAUCACUUGGCCACUGUUGACCCAGCUAUAUAUCUCUUUUGUUUUCAUUUUCGCAGGAUGAGAACAUGGUGAGUUUCAUCAAAGGAGGGAUUAAAGUACGAAACAGCUACCUUAUUUACAAGUAAGUAUAAGAGGUAAAGUUGUAUUUAGCAGACAUCAUUGCUGACUGAUGUGAUGUGAUGUGAUGUUAAUGGGCAGUGAUGUCUUAUAACUUGUGUUUAUUCAAAAGCCGGACUUGUUUCAAAGUAGCGUUGUUACAGGGGAACGCCAACAGCUAAAUGUGUGUCUUAGAAGUUACAUGCAACUAAUUUAAUUUUAUGAGUGGAAUAAUUAUGGUAUUGAAUUCCUGAACAUAUAGUACUAUGCUAUGCUGAACAACUGUAUGUUUCCAUUGUAACUCACAAAGUGCCUCUCUGUCAUCCAGAGAUCUGCAUUCCUACAUAAAAUCUCAAAGCUUUCUUCAAGGACCCAGCCACCUUCACUUAGAGGGAGGAAUAUCGUUUGGAAUCGGGGCGUUUAAUCUUGUAUGUCACUCAACAGUCUUCAAAUAUCAUCAUCUGAGAAUAAUUUGACAACCACGUGCUUGUACCACACAUUCAUCGAGCUAUCUUUAUUUGCAGACACUUUCUCUGUUUCCUCCGCGGAUACUCAAAGUUUUGGAGUUUGCGGGCUUCUCAGGAGACAAGGUGUGAUAUACAAACUCAAACUUGUCUUUGAAUGUCUUGAAUGUGGGAGUUGAAGGACAAAUGCUGAUCAAAUAUAGAUCCCCGGUUCGAAACAGUAGUGCUGGAUGCCAGGCUGAUGCCAUCAAGGUUUUGAUGAUUUUGUUUGAGCUCAGCAACAAAGACAUUUCUAGUCUUGGCUUUUAGACAUGCUUCUUCUUUAGCUAGCUGAUUGGUUUUAUCUGGCUUCAUCAAUAGGUAUAAUUGUGUGUUAUUUGCUUAGUGGGAAAAUUUUGGAUUGUUUUCUCAUGGUAUUACCUAGAAGAAACAUACAGAUGGUGAAAAGUAUCGGUCCAAGCAUUGAACCUUGUGGUACUCCAUGGCUAACUUUGUAAGACUGAUCUGAUGAGCAUGAUUUAAACCAGAAGUUCCUGUAAUGAAUCCCUCUCCAUUUGAUGGUCAAGAUCUGCUAUUAUGAAGCAGUCACUGAGCUGAUUAGCUACUAUUUGAGAAAUUAAAGGAAGGUUAGACAUCAGCCCUUAGUUGGUGAAUGAUCUCUGCCUGAGGUAAAGACUAACUUCUGCAGCUUAUUUGGGAUCGGGUCUAGUAGGUGGGUUGAUGGUUUAGCUUGUUAAAUGGUUGAGUUCAGUGAAGGAAGCCAACAGUAAAUAACAGCUUAAGUAGAUUUAAGGCUGUUUCCAUGAUUCCAGAGUUUGUUUAGAGAUCUACACCUAAUAGGAGCAAAAGGUUUCCCACUUGGUCGCUAAUCGUUGAGAUUUUAUCAUGAAAAAAGCUCAUUACGUCAUCGCUGCUGCUGAUGUUAAAUGUCCUUUCCUUCUCAUCAUCAUUAAGGUUUUCUUACCACUUAUUAUCCGACACUCACGGUUAAUUUGUACAUGUGUGGUCUUGGUUUAGGAGUAUGGUCUGUCGCUGCUGCGUAAUGGUGCCACAGGGCUUAACCUGCGCUCCAUGCUGUGUGCUCUCCUGCUGCUCUGCUACUAUACCUUUCUCACGUUCAUCCUAGGUAGGUUCAUCUUGUCUAACAAUAUGCAUUUGAUUAAUUUCACUGUGAUAUAACUUAUCAUCAGAUAUCCCUGUUUGAUCCUCUCAGGUACAGGCGAGGGAGAAGUGAGUGAAGCUGAGAGCCUACUGAAACCUUUCCGGCUUCGAUAUCCAAGAGUGAGUGGUGAUAAGUAACUUUUAAGUCCUCAAAGAUCAGUAUUUAGGAAAAACUGGGUGUAUUUAAUCUAGAACUGUAAGUCCAAGUCCCACUUAGCUGUUCGUGUGAUGUAGGUGUUAUGUUUCAGCUAAUGGCUCGACAAAAGCUGGCAAGUCAUCCUAUCAGCAUUUAAAACGAAACCAUGUUGCUUGGAUCUUUGUCAGAUUUUACCUUGCACCCUAAGUCCACCAUUUUUCCUCCGUGAUCUCUUGCUAUCAGUCGUCCAAAUUUGCCUGACCCUGUUCUUGCAAAGUCACGAUCCUUAUUUCCGCUCCACCUUUUACCUACAUGCCAGCCCAUCCCAGAGAACAAACUGGGAGCUUUGACACACUGUGUACCCAGCAAAGAUAGAAGUGCCUUGUUUAAACAUUUCUAAGAGUUAUUACUUUACUGUGAGACUGCUCGCAGAUAAACAAGAAUUUAACAUGGCGUACAUCGACAAGAAACGACAGAGGAGACUGAGAUGUAGUUAUUUAAAGUGCAUUUCCCUUCUUUACCCAGGGAGCAAUCUUCCUCUUCUUUGAAGGCAGGACUGAAGCCAUAAAGGGAAACAUUGAUGAGGUGUGUUUAAACAAAUUAUAAUUCUUUUAUUUUGUGUACAUAUGUUUUUGCAUUUUAUUCCCAUCUUUAUCUGUGAAGUAGAAAACUUAAGCCUUGUGUCAAUGUUUUUUAUGCAAAUACCUCAAAUGCAGUCCUUCUGUGUCUUGUCUCUAUAUAAUAAAACUGUCCCACCAGGCUGUGGCUCUCUUUGAAGAAGGAUGCAAGGCACAGCAGGCGUGGAAGCAGUUCCACCACAUGUGCUACUGGGAGCUGAUGUGGUGUUUCACAUACAAGCGAGCGUGGAAGAUGGCGUACUUUUACGCAGACCUGCUGAGUCAGGAGAGCCGCUGGUCCAAGGUACGGAUGGCGACAGACUAGAAAGGAUCAGAAUAACUUUUAAAGGGGAAAAAAUCACUGAAUCUUUCCUCUGUUUCUUCCUGGUAGGCGAUGUAUGUUUACAUGAAAGCUGCUUGCCUCAGUAUGCUGCCAAAAGAUGAAGCCAGGCCGUUUGGGGAGGAUGAGGUAGAGCUCUUUAGGUAAACACAACACAACUACUUAAUGCUAUUGUGAUUAACUUAUGGGUAUUUGUCAAACUGUGUCUUUGAGGUGAGUGGUAUCGCUUCUGCUUCAAACAGGCAGAAACCUUGAGCACAACCAGACUCAUAUUUGACAGUCAUCUGCUGCUAUUGCAUUGGGUUUAGAGAGGAGGCAGAGACAGAAAGAAGAUGGAGAAGGAGGGAAAGGUACUCAGUGUGGCAGUCUAAACCUAAAGCAGCAUAACUAAGAGUUGGCCCAAGCCCGAACUGGCCCUAACUAUCAGCUUUAUCAAAAAAGAAAGUUUUAAACCUAAACUCAAAGGUAGAGAGGGAGUUUAACAUUCAGAUGUAAGAGCAAAAAGAGAAGCACUCUUUUCCCCUCAACGUCUUGACUGGUGCUGGACUUCAACAGUGUCAAAUAUGAGUCUGUCUGCUGAUCCUGAUAUACAGCCUUUAAUUUUCCUCAACUUUGUCAGAUCAACUAGAAAAAGUAAUUUUUAUUCAAACACAUCUAAGAACAGUCAUAAUUUAGACAUGAUAUUGUUCCCUACAAAUAUGUAUUGAAUUUAAUGCUCAUAACUCCAUAUUUCUUGUGUCAAACUUUGCAUUUUAAUUCAUAAUUUUCUAAAUUUUUCUCGACACCUGUAGAAUAUUUCAUGGUAAACUUGUUUCUCUGCCCAAGUGACCAAAAUCUGAUCAAUGAAGUUUUAAAAAAAAUCUAAGACAUCUGAAGUUUUAGCUUUUUAUUUCUAUUUUCUCAUGUUUUUAGAAAAGUCCCCGCCUUCAAGCAGAAGAUAGCCGGGAAAUCUCCCCCUACUGAGAAGUUUGCUAUCCGCAAAGCCAGACGCUACAAGGUUCCCAGACCAGUCAGGCUCCCUGUGCCAGUCCUGGUAAAGCUCCGCACACAAACACAUUCAUACAACAUGCUAUAUGUUUCACCACCAAGCCUUUCAGCUGCAUCCUCUGUUUCUAAACAGGAGAUGAUGUACAUGUGGAACGGUUUCAGUAUGAUCAGCAAGCGACCAAAACUGACCGAGGGCAUGAUGCAGACUUUGAUGGAAGCAGAGCGCACCCUGCAGGAGUCUCCUGGUAAUGCAAACUGUGCAACAACAAAUCUCUUUAAACAUAAGAGAACUUUAAAGCUGUUAGCAGAAAUAUAAUCAUGCCUGCCACUUUUGUUACAGAAAAUGAGUAUUCGAUGGAUGAUCGCUGCGUCAUCUACCUGCUGAAGGGUCUGUGUUUGAGGAACCAGGGUCUCCUGCGGGAAGCUGAAGAGUGCUUUACCACAGUGUGCUCCAGGUGAGCAGCGUAGGAUGUAUUUUGAAAUACUUUCAAAUGACCAUCUCAUUAAUUUUAUACCAAAUGGGUCUAAAUUGAACCUUAAAGGCAUUAAAGUUUGGUUUUUGCUUCAUUUUUGUCCAUAGUAUAAAAUGUAUAAUUAGAGAACUGAUGCGUAGAGUUCUUAUCUGUAUGUUUGGAUUAGAAAAAAAACGCACUGCCUAUGACCACGAGGAGGUAUUUAAGCUUGAGUAAGGUGUAUGUGUGUCUUUCGUAAGGCAGGCUGUUUACUUAAUAUGUGUAAAAUGUUACUGUGUGACAGACUGUUGUAUCACCUUACGCUUGUGUGUGCUCAGUGAAAAGAAGAUCAGGUUUGACCACUACUUAGUGCCCAACGCUCUGGUGGAGCUCAGUCUACUCUACAUAGACCAAGGCAAAAGGGAUGCAGCCAUUAAACUGCUACACAAGACCAAGUAAGUUCUUCCUUUCAAACAUCGCAACACAACAUCCAGUAACAUAGAUCAGACCUGGUAACUCCAAACAAGCAGUCUGUGUAUCCUGCAGAAAUAGCACUUGGAUGCAUAAACUGUUUGCAUUGGUUAUUGUUAGGUUAAACAUUAAUGUUUGCAAUAAUACUCCACAUCUUUAUUUUUAUGACAUACUAUAUUGAGUAAAUAUUUAUCUCACCAAACAGCACAUUUGUGCUACAGUUCAGUCAGAGUUGAAAGUUGCAAAGUACUAGAGAGUAAAUACAAUACUAUUUUUAGUAGCCACUAUUUCAAGCUGAUUUUAUACAAGCAAAUUUUGUAGGGAAAUACCUCUAACAGCCAAAUCUAUAUUUGACAUCUUUAGGUUUACAUCUCAGGAACUGAAAAGAGGAUAAUCAAUAAUUAAAAUCUAAAGUAAAAACUCUCUGGAUGAGACUUCUUGCAGUCUGUGAAGCUUGUUGUCACAUUUCAAGGGUUUUUUUUAGGUAUUAAGUAGAUUCUGAUCUGUCCCUAUGGCUUUAUUUUUACAACUCAUCAAGUAUCCACUAUUUUACAGAACAUGAGAGAUGAGGUGGGAAAUGGGAAUAAAAGAUUUAGAUUGGUGAAAAUGUUCUAUUUACAUAUACAGCCCCAAGAUUAAUUUCCUGUUUAGUAUGAAAUUAGUUUCAUAAGUUAUGAACUCUGAUCAUAAGAACAGCCACAUAGCCAGUAUUGUGAAUAUAUGCAACCCCAGCCUAGGUGCCAUCUAAGGAUGUACGGAGUGCACAAUUUCAGGUUUUAUAUUUUUGUCAGUUUUGGAUGAAGCAGAGUUAGACACUUAUUUAAAUAUAUAGUUUUACCUUCACUAAAAUCAGGCAAGCCAGGAGGCUCCCUGCUGAAGCCACACAGUAAACACGAACAUGAGAGGUAUUAUUCUCAUUCAAGUCUCAGUUUGGAAGCUUUUUUUUAAAUUUUUUUCACCAUCAUUAAAAUGUCACUGCAGAACAUUUUAUUAUAUUAAAGAUUUGCAUUGGGACUUUCAUCAAUUACAAAUAUUGUAUUAAAUACAUAAAUUACAUUAAUCCUUAUUUUGAAUUCAUCUUGAUUUAUAUUCCUAUUGCAAAUAUUUCACACAAAAGUUUUAAUGUCAUGGCUGAUUGAAAAGGACGAUAAUAUCAAUAUGGGAAAUCAGAGUUCUGUCCCUCUGUUUGAUUAGUGUAGAGCAGCUUCAGAGACACAAGAGGUCGCUCUCCGCCGUUAAAUAUACAUGUAUCCUUCAGUCACACUCUUAACUUUUUCUCCUGUUUUUGAACUCGUAGAAACUACAAGGAGUACUCGAUGGAGUCCCGUACGCAGUUCAGGGUGCACGCUGCUCUGGCUAAACUCAAGGCUGAGCACAGUGAAGAGGAAGACAGUCAUAUGUAGGAGGACCUGUCUUCAUCGGGCUCUGUUUCCCUCACGUCUGCGCUUGAUUUAGCUUCAUGAAGUUUUUAACCUUUUAGUAGCUUUAAUAAGUCAAUACUGGAUCGUUUACCAAAGUGGUCUUGUUAACAUUUUCAGGUACUUUUGUUACAGUCCAUAUAGAUGUAAAAAAAAUGUAUGAACUCCUGAAAUAUUUCUACAGACCCAUUCUUCCUGGACUAGCUCAUAAGUGCGUACAAUUAUGAAGUGCAGUUUGACCUUUUAAGAGAAAUGUACAGCUAUAUUCUAUGGACAAUGUUUUUUUAAGUUUAAAGAACAUUUUAGUUAAUAUUUGAUUAAAGCAACUUAAUAUAUCAAAUGAGUUUUAUGA